CCCACAGAAGCUGCAGCAGAAAGUAAAAAAAGCAGAGAAAAAAAAAAGUCCGUUCAACUCAUCAUGCACUAAAACAAACCAGAAGAUACGUUAUAUAUCUCUGCUCCCCCGAUCUUCCUCGUUAUCUUCAAACCCUUCACUUCCCUUCUCUUCCUCUCUCUCUUUUCUCUCUGCAUGUAGAGCACCACCACCGUCCACCACCACCACAACAAUUCUCUCUUCACCACCACCAUCACUUUCAAGAUGUCCGCAGCCAAUAAGCUCCUCUUAGUUGUCAUGUGCUGCCGCCUCAUCGUAACCGUCGUAGGACCGACCGUCCUCGACUUCAACGACGGCAACAACAACGACUUCCAGCUCAGCACCAAUCCCUCCGACCUCGCCAGAGCCUCCUCUGACUUCGGGAUGCUACGUGGAGGAGUCGCUCCGGUCGAGCCGGCGGCGGUCUUCCACCCGACUUCCGACAGGGACAUAGCUCAGCUGAUUAGAGCGGCGUACCAGCAGGGGUUCCCCGCGGUGUCCGCGAGGGGACACGGGCACUCCAUCAACGGGCAGGCGAACACCGCCGGCGGGGUGGUGAUCGAGAUGAGCAGGCUGGCAGAAGGACACGCAGAUGGCGUGAGGAGGGAGGGCCCACCGCGGCCGAGGAUUGCGGAGGAGAUGAGGUACGUGGACGCGUGGGGAGGCGAGCUGUGGAUCGACGUGCUAAGGGCGUGUUUGGAACACGGGCUGGCGCCGAGGUCGUGGACGGACUACUUGUACCUGUCGGUCGGCGGGACGCUGUCCAAUGCCGGGAUUAGCGGACAGGCUUUCAACCACGGCCCGCAGAUUAGCAAUGUUCACGAGCUUGAUGUCGUUACAGGGAAAGGGGAGAUGGUGAAGUGUUCGGAAGAAGAGAACCAGGAGCUGUUCCACGCGGUGCUGGGUGGGUUAGGGCAGUUUGGGAUCAUUACUCGGGCUCGAAUCGCGGUCGAACCGGCUCCCCAAAGGGUGCGAUGGAUCAGGGUUCUGUACUCCAACUUCUCGACGUUCACGAGGGACCAGGAGCAUCUGAUCUCCCUGCACGGAGACGGCCGGAACAAGUUCGACUACGUGGAAGGGUUUGUGAUCGUGGAUGAAGGGCUGAUCAACAACUGGAGGUCCUCCUUCUUCUCCCCUCGCAACCCUGUCAAAAUCUCCUCCCUCGGCACCGACGGAGGGGUCCUCUACUGCUUGGAAGUCACGAAGAACUACCGCGAGUCGACUGCUGAUACUGUCGACCAGGUAAAAAAAAAUGAAAUAGAGGCAUUGAUGAAGGAGCUCGACUUCAUACCGGCGUCGGUUUUCACGACCGAUCUGCCCUAUGUCGAUUUCCUGGACCGAGUCCACAAGGUCGAGCUGAAGCUGCGGGCGAAGAACCUCUGGGAGGUCCCCCACCCUUGGCUCAACCUCUUCGUCCCCAAGUCGAGGAUCGACGACUUCGACAAGGGCGUGUUCAAGGGCAUUUUGGGAAACAACAGGACCAGCGGCCCCAUCCUCAUUUACCCUAUGAACAAAAGCAAGUGGGACGACCGGAGCUCGGCGGUGACGCCGGAGGGAGACGAGGAGGUGUUCUACCUGGUGGCGCUGCUGAGGUCGGCGGUGGAGGACUCCAGCGGCAAGACGCUGGAGUAUCUGAGCAAUCAGAACCGUGAGAUACUGAGAUUCUGCGACGAGUCGGGGAUCAAAAUGAAGCAGUACUUACCUCACUACACAACGGAACGGGAAUGGGCGGCCCACUUUGGGGAGGAGAAGUGGGACCGUUUCAAUCAGCGGAAGACGUCGUUUGAUCCUCGCCGUAUUCUCGCCACUGGCCAGCGUAUAUUCAAACCCGUACCUGAUUCUGCUGAUGCUGCUGCUGCUUCUUUGGUGAGAAAGGGGAAAGCUUCGUGGUGACGGCACAAAAGCAAAACAGAGUAACAGACCCCCUGCUUCUUCUUUCUUUUUUGCACAGUGCGAUUCUGUUUUUUCUCCCUUUACGCCACCGCUGGAUUGAGGGGUUACGUUACGUACUGCUUCUUCUGCUGCUGCUGCAACCGCAAUCUUAUCACUGACGUAGGAAUAUCUGCUCAAUCUCUUAUCUCUCUGUACAUAUUUUUUUCUAUGGAGGGGAAGUUAGGCUGUAAGGGAAGCAGUUGAUUAAUUAAUUGUUUAUUACUAAUUAGGGAGGGGAAUAUGCUGAGGUGGUAGUGUUUAAGCAGGGAGAAAGAACAAUGUAGUAGUGUAGUAGUAGUACUUUUGCUCCUGGAAUUGGAAUGUGGUUGGCUUCUAUUGAAGCUUUUUAUGUUUCA